AUGGGGGCGCAGCUGAGCACCUUGGGAAGAAUUGUUGUCUAUCCAGUAUGGGUUAUAUACAGUUUGAUCACAAGACUUUUUGGGAAGUCUAAGCCAGCCAUUACCCUGGAGAAUCCAGAUGUGAAAUAUCCAUUAAGGCUGAUUGACAAAGAGGAAAUUAGCCAUGAUACAAGAAGAUUUCGUUUUGCCCUUCCAAGUCCAGACAACAUUCUAGGCCUUCCUGUCGGGCAGCAUAUUUACCUUUCUGCAAGGAUUGAUGGGAAUCUGGUCAUCAGACCCUACACGCCAGUCUCCAGUGAUGACGACAAAGGUUAUGUGGAUCUUGUCAUAAAGAUUUAUUUCAAAGGUGUUAACCCAAAAUUCCCCGAAGGAGGGAAAAUGUCCCAGUACUUGGAACACUUAAAGAUAGGGGACACAAUUGAUUUCCGUGGGCCCAGUGGACUACUCGUGUACAAAGGAAAAGGAGCAUUUGCCAUUCGGCCAGACAAGAAGUCUGAACCGGUAAUUAAAUAUGCAAAGCACGUGGGGUUGAUUGCAGGCGGCACAGGAAUUACGCCGAUGCUGCAGCUCAUCCGAGCUGUUGUGAAGGACAAAGAUGAUCCCACCAUCUGUCACUUGCUGUUUGCCAACCAGACUGAGCAAGAUAUCCUGUUACGCCCAGAAUUAGAAGAAAUCCAGGUUCAGCAUUCAGACCGCUUUAAACUUUGGUACACGCUGGAUAGAGCAUCCGAAGAUUGGAAUUACAGCCAAGGGUUUGUGAACCAAGAGAUGCUUAAGGAUCACAUGCCUCCGCCAGCAGAUGAUGUUCUUAUCCUUAUGUGUGGCCCUCCUCCAAUGAUCCAGUAUGCCUGCAUUCCCAACCUAGACAAGCUGGGGUAUCCCAAGGAGGCACAAUUUGCUUACUAAAAUGGACCGUUAAUAAGAUGAAAGGGAGUGUGUUAA